GGAAGUGGGAAGACUGCAGUCAGCCUGGUUCCUUGUUAUUAGUUCUAGCGGAGAUUGGGGAUCAUGGACAUUGAAGCUUAUUUUGAAAGAAUUGGUUAUAGGAACUCUAGGAAGAAACUGGACUUGGAAACAUUAACUGACAUUCUUCAGCACCAGAUCCGAACCAUUCCUUUUGAGAACCUUAACAUUCAUUGUGGGGAAGCCAUGGAAUUGGGCUUGGAGGCCAUUUUUGAUCAACUUGUGAGGAGGAACCGUGGUGGGUGGUGUCUCCAGGUCAAUCAUCUUCUAUAUUGGGCUCUGACCACAAUUGGUUUUGAGACCACAAUGUUGGGAGGGUAUGUUUACAGUACUCCAGCCAACAAAUAUAGCAAUGCUAUGAUUCACCUUCUGCUGAAGGUGACUACUGAUGGCAGGAAUUACAUAGUGGAUGCUGGGUUUGGACGCUCUUACCAGAUGUGGCAGCCUCUGGAGUUAAUUUCUGGAAAGGAUCAGCCUCAGGUGCCUUGCAUUUUCCACUUGACAGAAGACAAAGGAAUCUGGUACUUGGACCAAAUCAGAAGAGAACAGUACAUUUCAAAUCAAGAAUUUCUUAAUUCUGAUCUUCUGGAAAAGAACAAAUACCGAAAAAUAUACUCCUUUACUCUUGAACCUCGAACAAUUGAAGAUUUUGAGUCUGUGAAUGCAUACCUUCAGAUAUCUCCAACAUCUGUGUUUACAAGCAAGUCAUUCUGUUCCUUGCAGACCUCUGAAGGGGUUCACUGUUUAGUGGGCUGCACCCUUUCCUAUAGGAAAUUCAAUUUUAAAGACAAUAUGGAUUUGAUAGAGUUUAAGAUACUGAAUGAGGAAGAAGUAGAAAAAAAGCUUAAAAAUAUAUUUAAUAUUUCCUUGGAGAGAAAGCUUGUGCCCAAACAUGGUGAUCAGUUUUUUACCAUUUAGUAUAAGGAGUAAAAAUGGCCUUUGGUAUUA